GUUCGGGACCGAUACAUCCUAUCUCCUUCGCUAACCACCGCUCCUCUUCCUCCCCGGCUCGCAAACCCUAACCCUACCGCAUGUCCUCGCCGCCGCCGCCGCCUAUGGCGGAGACUGAGGCCGAGUGCGAGGCCCGCGACUGGGCGGAAAUGCCGUCGGACGCGCUCGCCGCCGUGUUCGCGAAGCUGGACGCGACCGAACUCCUGACGGGGGCCGGGCUGGUGUGCCGGGCGUGGUGCCGGCUCGCGGCGACCGACCCCACGCUGUGGCGCUGCGUGGACAUGAGCCACCAGGGGGACUUCCUGGAGGCCGAAGAAGCCGAAGCCAUGGCGCGCGCCGCCGUCGACCGCUCCGCGGGCACCAUGGAGGCCUUCUGGUCCGACACCUUCGUCACUGACGAUCUCCUCCGCUACAUCUCUCAUAGGGCCUCCUCAUUGAAGAGCCUCCAACUCAGCUUGUGCCAUAAUGUCUCUAAUGAAGGGUUUGCAGAGGCAAUUAGUGGUUUUCCUCAGCUUGAGGAGCUUGAAGUUACAUUCUGCUCAUUGUAUGGCAACGUGUGUGAGACUGUUGGCAAAGCCUGCCCACAACUUAAAUGCUUCAGGUUGAAUGAACGCUUGUCUAUUCUUCAAAGUGAGUUUGCAGCCUACGAGGGCAUGGAUGAUGACACAGAAGCAUUGGGGAUUGCUAGCACCAUGCCUGGGCUCCAAGACCUUCAGUUGAUUGGCAACAACCUGACUAAUGACGGACUCGUGGCAAUACUUGACCAUUGCCCCCACCUUGAAUCCCUUGACAUACGCCAGUGCUACAACAUCCAAAUGGAUGAUGCUCUGAGAUCAAAAUGUGCUAGAAUAAGAAACCUUAAGCUUCCACAUGACCCCAUCUCCGACUUCAAGUACAGAGCUUACAUCGUCAGCAGUGUAGCUAACUCUGGUUCUGAUUUUGAGGUUGAUAUGUGCGAUGAUCUGCUGGAUGUGGUCACUGAAGAUGAUGAUGCUGAGUUUGAUGAUUUGGAUGAUUUUGACGAUGCAGGCUCAGAUGUGGGAAUGUUCGAUGAUGAAUAUGAUAUGUGACAAUAGUUUGAUCAAAGUGACUUUUUGUUGUCAUGUGAAAUGCAGUGAGCCCGAACAGUUUGAUAUCUCAUUGCCUUGAGACUCAGGUAGCUCGAUUGGAAUAAGCGGUGUAAGAUCUUCGUUUCACGUGAUUUCCUUGUGUUAAUAUUUCCUGCUCUAUCUUUGUUCAAGGAACUGAUGGUAACUAAUUUAACCAUUCUAAUUGCUGUACUAUAUUAUUGCGUGUUCUAUCUGUACUA